ACAAUGCCAGAAGAACUGACCAGCCUUCUUGGACUAGUGAGCUUAAACUUGUCUAGGAAUCAUCUGAUAGGAGAGAUCACAGAAAAAAUCAGUGCAUUGCAACAGUUGGAGUCACUUGACUUAUCAAGAAACAACCUUUAUGGUGGAAUUCCUUCAAGCAUGAUUGCACUAACUUUUUUGAGUCACUUGAACUUAUCAUAUAACAACUUGUCAGGAAGAGUUCCAUCAGGUAAUCAGUUUCAGACCUUCAUUGACCCAUCUAUCUAUGCUGGUAAUCCUGGUCUUUGCGGAUUCCCAUUAGCUCAAAAGUGUAAAGAUGAUGAGACAAAUCAAGGUCCAAAUGUUGUUGGAGGGGAUGAAGAAGGAUCUGAAAUCGAGUGGUUGUAUAUGAGCAUGGGGAUAGGAUUUGCAGUCGGUUUAUGGGCCGUUUUUGGUCCAUUAUUAUUCAACAGAAAAUGGAGAGAAGCCUAUUUUCGACUUAUAGAUCAAGUUUAUGAUAUGGUUUACGUGGCCCUGGCAGUGACUUUCAAUAGGUUUAAAUAGCACAAUGCUG